GCGGUGGCUGCCUCUAUGGGUGGUCUUCCAUCUCAUUUGCCUUCAAAUUCUCAAGGAACCAGUGGUAUUCAAGAAGCAACGUCUUCUCAUGACAGCAAAUCCAGUGGGCGGACAGCACUUCCAGUGGAUUUCUUUACUUCACUAUAUCCAUCAGCAACUCCAGCAAUGCCUGGCUGGCAGAGAGCUCCCCAGUCUGGAAUGGGAUUUGGUAUGCAGUAUCCUGCUGCAAUGUUGCAGGGAAUGCAUUCAUAUCCUCAGGCAGCAUUUUCUCAACCUACGUAUCAACAACCUACAUAUCAACAACCUAUGUAUCAGCAACCUACAUACCAACAACCUACGUAUCAACAGCCUGUAUAUCAGCAAAAUGCGUAUCCCCAACCUGCGAAAGCUUCAAACCCUUUUGACCUCGGAAAUGAGGCAGCUCCAAUUCAAGCUCACAUGUCCCUAUCUGGACCACUGGGAGCAUCAGCAGGCGCUACUAACCCAACAUUAGUUGGUAACUCUAGUUUUGGAGUUCCACCUCAGCAGCCUCAGCAGAUGUAUCGGCCAUCUGUACAUCAAAACCAUUACAUGAUGCAGCAUGUUUCAAACAACAUGCCUGAGCAGCUACCUAAUGGCAUGCUUCCAAGGCAACAAGGAGGUGCUGGUUCCCUCGGCAUCGGCUAUGAUCAACAAGCUGCUCCUAGGUAUUCCCAGCCAAACACCCCACCUUCCUAUGGUGCUGUGGGUGGAAAUCCUUUUGGGUAAAAGGCUUAUCAAAUGUGGACAUACCAUUUUACCUGUUUAUGGUAUCUUGUGUAUCUUCAGACCACUGGUUUGUGGUGCCCACUGCCCAGUGAGAUCAGAAUGCACAAAGCCCUGGAGAAAAUUUGUUUCAUAUUACUGGUUAUGUGUUUGUCACUGUAGCUCCAUGUAACUUGAUCUGGAAGGUGGAAGCGACGUGGGGCAUAAGCUUCAGGAGCAGGAGUUCUGCGGUUCUUCUAGCCCCUAUUUUCUUGUAUAUUUGUGUUUGGUGUUCUGUAUGCGUUGCGUCCGGUGUAUAUUCAGAGACCCUAUGCCUUGUAUGGUUUUUGAUUGGGAUCUUUCAAGCGGCCAUAUCUGAUAGUGUACUUAGUUCAGAAUGUUAUUUUUAGUCCAGCUGGCUAUUUCAAUUUUAAUGUUUAUUGCAAUGCAUGAUUGAAGGAUGUAUAAUUGUGAUUAAUCAGUUGUUUUAGUCUCACGCUAUUAUUGCAUUA